CCACUCAAAGAGAAAAAAAGACAUACAUAACCUAACUUUGGUUAAUACAACAGUCUAACUCUAACCCCAUACUUCCCGGCGUACUCUGAAAUUUAGCGUGUUUGGCUGUUUGCCUGAAACCGAUUUUAUUAAUAAACAAUUAAUUAUGUCGGACUCUUACAAUUUUGGUAGUUUUGCUGACAAUACUUCAGGAGAUGGCCCUGGUAGUCUUUCUGGAAGUAAAGCUGAUAAGGAACUCCAAGAAUUUUUGUUGAUUGAAAAACAGAAGGCUCAACUCAAUGCACAGAUACACGAGUUCUCAGACACCUGCUGGGAUAUCUGCAUGGACAAGCCUGGCACUAAGCUGGACUCACGCACAGAAACCUGCAUGGUUAACUGUGUUGACAGAUUCAUAGAUGUCUCUCUCCUUGUCACAAAUAGAUUUGCACAACUACUUCAGAAAAGCUCUGGGUUAUAGUCAGUCUUCACCAAAUGUAUUCAAUUGUUAUAUUAUUUUGUAUUUAGUCGUAUGAAAAUUAAAGCGAGUUAUUAACAGGUGUUA